UAUCUAAAAAGCGAGUGGAAGAAGGGAACCUAAUCUUGUAUUCUCUUCUCUGCUUAGAGCUUCACUGCCACAAAACACAAAGCUCUUUCCCUCUUCGUCUUCUACCAUAUGCAUCGCUCUUAAGAAUUACGUUCAUCUCUUUUCAAAAUGGCCGUCGCUGUCAACGCCGGCUUCAGUUCUCCGCUUCAUAACAGAUCUCAUCCUGUUGUAAGAUUCUCAACUCAAGUCACAACGUUAAAGCCUUCUUCACCUUUAACGUUCCACACAUCUCCAAGUUCGUUACUUUCAAGCAAAAGGAGAUUGGUUUCGUCUUGUUUGAAGUCGAAUGAGGAUUCAAUCGCAACAACAUCGGUCAAUGACACUCCUCCACCCUCUCCGGAUUCAGCAAGUAAACCCGUUGAAUCAAGCAACAACAACGGUUCUGCUAAAAGAGCACCGUUGACAGCAAGAGAGAGGCUAAGAGCAGCUCGUGUGCUUAGCCGAUACACGGAAGCGACACCGAAACCAUCAAAGCCCAAAAUGGGUAGCCAAAUCUUGGAGGUGCUCAAGGAGAGUGACAAGAAAUCGAAUAGGAAACCGGGUCUGCCCGAGGCACCAACCAACAUGCUUGAUGAUAGCAAGAGAGGUAUGCCGAAGAAAGGAUUAACCUUUGAUCUACCUGGAAGUGCAGAUAUACUGGUUAUUGCUUUUUCAUUUGUGUUCAUAAGUACGGUGAUGUUUGCUACCACUUAUGUUGUCUGGAAACUUGGUGGCAUUCACUUCAAUGAAAACUGAAGAUAAGAUGUUUGGAAACUAUUGAACAGAGAGUGAAAGAGUUGUAGUUGAAAUGUAUACUUGGGGGAAGUUUAUCACUUGGCAAAGAUGGUUUGAUUGUAUACUGUGUGUGUAGUAGUAAUACACAUAAUUUUGUCUAUUACAUAAUCUCUUCCUGCUU